GGGCCGGGCCUGAGGCUUUCCCCUUGCUGUUACAGGUUCCCUGGAUUCUGACUGCUGGAUCUCUUGCAAGAACCCUCAGAUUUAUCCCUGAGAACGAGUGCGCCUCAGAAGGCCCCACAGUGGGCUCGAUGGUCAGGGACAGAUAGUGGCCGUGGCAGCGUCUGACCGCCUGACCAUGAGUUUGCUGAGGCCCAGUGGGCUGAAGGCCCCCACCAAGAUCCUCAAGCAUGGGAGCUCGGCCCUGAAGGCGCCAUCGGCCGCGGCUGCUCCCGUUGAGAAGACCGUGCCUGGGGAGAAAACCCCCAGCGCCCCCUCCUCGGAGACGCAGGAGGAGUUUGUGGACGACUUCCGGGUCGGGGAACGAGUCUGGGUGAAUGGGAACAAGCCUGGAUUCAUCCAGUUCCUCGGGGAGACCCAGUUUGCCCCUGGUCAGUGGGCCGGGAUCGUCUUGGACGAGCCCAUCGGCAAGAACGACGGCUCGGUGGCGGGUGUGCGCUACUUCCAGUGCGAGCCGCUGAAGGGCAUCUUCACCCGGCCGUCCAAGCUGAGCAGGAGCUUGCAGGCCGAUGAUGAGGCCAACGGCCUGCAGCCAGCACCUGCUGCCCGGGCCACACCGCCCCUGUCGGCCUCCCCGGCCCCUGCCGGCGCCCCGAAGGCGCCCCAGCCCCCCACGAAGGAGGCACCGGCCACCCCUCACAUCAGCAACCUGACCAGGACGGCCAGCGAGUCCAUCUCCAACCUCUCAGAGGCCGGCUCCCUCAAGAAAGGGGAGCGGGAGCUGAAGCUCGGGGACCGGGUGCUGGUGGGAGGCACGAAGGCCGGCGUGGUGCGCUUCCUGGGGGAGACGGACUUCGCCAAGGGGGAAUGGUGUGGCGUGGAGCUGGAUGAGCCGCUGGGCAAGAAUGAUGGUGCUGUGGCCGGAACGAGGUACUUCCAGUGUCAGCCCAAGUAUGGCUUGUUUGCUCCCGUUCACAAAGUCACCAAAAUCGGCUUCCCCUCCACAACGCCGGCCAAGGCCAAGGCGGCCGCCGUGAGGCGUGUGAUGGCCACCACCCCCGCCAGCCUGAAGCGCAGCCCGUCGGCCUCCUCGCUCAGCUCCGUGAGCUCCGUGGCCUCAUCCGUGAGCAGCAGGCCCAGCCGCACGGGACUAUUGACGGAAACCUCCUCCCGCUAUGCCCGCAAGAUCUCCGGCACCACCGCCCUCCAGGAGGCACUGAAGGAGAAGCAGCAGCACAUUGAGCAGCUGCUGGCCGAGCGGGACCUGGAGCGGGCGGAGGUGGCCAAGGCCACAAGCCACGUGGGGGAGAUAGAGCAGGAGCUGGCCCUGGCCCGGGACGGGCACGACCAGCACGUCCUGGAGCUGGAGGCCAAGAUGGACCAGCUGCGGGCCAUGGUGGAAGCGGCAGACCGGGAGAAGGUGGAGCUGCUGAACCAGCUGGAGGAGGAGAAGAGGAAAGUGGAGGACCUCCAGUUCCGAGUCGAGGAGGAGUCCAUCACCAAAGGUGACCUGGAGGUGGCCACCGUGUCGGAGAAGUCCCGGAUCAUGGAGCUGGAGAGGGACCUGUCCCUGCGGGCGCAAGAGGUGGCCGAGCUGCGACGGAGGCUGGAGGCCAUCAAGCCAGCCGGGGAGGCAGAUGCGUCGCUGUCCCUGCUGCAGGAGAUCAGCGCGCUGCAGGAGAAGCUGGACGCUGCCCACACAGACCGCCAGAGGGAAGUCGCCAGCCUCAAGGAGCACUUUGGGGCCCGGGACGAUGCCUACCAGAAGGAGGCGAAGGCCCUGCAGGUGGCCUCCGAGAAACUCGCCAAGGAGAACGAGUCGCUGAGGACCAAGCUGGAUCAUGCCAACAAGGAGAACGCGGACGUGAUCGCCCUGUGGAAGUCCAAGCUGGAGACGGCCAUCGCCUCGCACCAACAGGCCAUGGGCGAGCUGAAGGCGUCCGUGAGCCGGGGCGUGGGCUCCGAGGCGGCCGAGCUGGCCGAGCUCAAGAUGCAGAUCGAGAGGCUGCAGUUCGAGUACCAGCAGGAGGUGGAGACCCUGAAGGCCCAGCGGGCGGCCGAGCGUGCGGCACACGCCUCCGAACUGCAGGCGCUCAGGUCGCGGCUGGUAAGGACGGCCCAGGAGCAGGAGAACAGCCUGGAGGCCGCGCGCGCCAAGCUCGACCAGACCGAGGACCAGCACCUGGUGGAGAUGGAGGAUGCCCUGAACAAGCUGCAGGAGGCGGAGACGAAGGUAAAGGACCUGGAGGGGUUGCGGGCCAUGUGUAGUCAGCAAGCCCAAGCCCUGGCCGACGCCACGGCGCAGCUGGAGGCCACCCAGGAGAAGCUCUUGCAGCUCGAUGGGCUCCGGAAGGCCAGUUCCGAAGGUAAAUUGGAAAUGGAGAAGCUCAGGCAGCAGCUCCAGGUGGCUGAGCAGCAGAUUCAGGAGUUAGAGAAUGCAAAGCGGGCCGAGAGUGGCAAGGCCGAUAGCCUGGCCGAGGAGCUGCAGGGGAAGGGGCUAGCACUUAGUAGCCUUCAGGAGAACUUGAACGAAGCCGGCCGAGUGAAGGAGGCUUUGGAGAAAGAGCUUCGGAGUUUGAAAGAAAAGUUCGCAGAGGCUUCAGAAGAGGCGGCCUCUGUUCAGAAAAACAUGCAAGAAACUGUUGAUAACUUACAUGAAAAAGAAGAACAGAUUAAGGCGCUGUCUUCUGAACUGGAGAAGUUGCGAGGAAAUUUAACGGAUUUGGAGGCCAAAUUCAAAGAGAGAGAUGUGCGAGAAGAGCAGUUGACGAAGGCAAAGGCCAAGUUGGAAAACGACAUCGCGGACAUCAUGAAAAUGUCCGGGGACAACUCGUCACAGCUGACGAAAAUGAAUGAUGAGCUACGCCUGAAGGAGAGAUGUGUGGAAGAAUUACAGCUGCAGCUCCUGAAGGCUAACGAGCACGCGGACCUGCUGCAGAAGAGCAUCGGUGAGGCCAUGCUCAGGGCAGAACAGAGCCAGCAGGAAGCGGCCAGGAGGCACGAGGAGAAGGAGGAGCUGCACAAGAAGCUGUCGGACCUGGAGGAGAAGGUGGACGUGAGCCGCAGCCAGUGCCAGGCUCUGCAGGCCGAGCACGCCAAGGCCAGCGCGGAGAGCCAGGUGCAGCACGAGGAGGCGCUGCAGGCCCUGCAGAAGCUGCUGCUGCAGGCGGAGGAGAAGCUGCAGGCAGCGCAGGCAGAGAACGGGAGCCUGCUGCGGGAGGUGGCCGAGCUGAAGACGCAAGCCGACAAGGCCAAGUCAUUAACUUAUUUGUUCACAUCAGCCAAAGAGGAAAUUGAGCUGAUGUCGGAGGAGCGCAGGGCCCUGAGGUCAGAGAAGCAAUUGCUGGCGAAGGAGAAGCUCUCUCUGAAGUCAGAGAGAGGGUCGUUUCUAUUGAAGCUCACAGAAGCGGAGGCCAAAAACUCUUCGCUGCGGGAAGAUCAGAGGAAGCUCUGGCUGAUGAACCAAGCGAUUCGCUUAGACAAAGAGAAGGUCCUCGAGGCCAGGCUGGCUGCAGAGAAGCUCUGCCAGCAGGAGCGGCUCGGCCGAGAAGCCCUUGAGGCGGAGAAAGAGAAAGUGCUGGAAGAGGGCAGGGCGGUGCAGGAGGAGCUCCAGAGGGUGGGUGCGGAGAAGGCCGCGCUGCAGGUCGCCAAGGUGGGGCUGCAGGCCCUGGUGGAGGAGCUGCAGAUUAGCAAGAGCAGCCUGGUGGCCGAGUGUAAGAAGGGCCUGGAGGAGAGGGGCCAGCUGGAGGAGCAUGUCAAGAAGCUGGUUCUGGAGAACCUAUCCCUGGCCAAGGACAAGGACAACAUCAUCCAGAAGCUGCAGUGCUCCUACGAGGAGCUGGCUCGGGAUCAGAAGUCGCUGGUGCAAGAGAUAGAGGAGCUCACGGCCGAGAAGAAGUCGGCCCUCGAGAAGCAGUCGGACCUCGACAGCCUGUGCAUGGCCCUGAAGCUAGAGCGUGAUGGCCUGGCUCAGAGCAACAAGGAGCUGCAGCUGGAGAAGGACCUGCUGCGCCAGGAACAGGAGAAGCUGGGCGCCAGCCUGGAGGCGUCACUGCAGGUCAAGGAGCUGCUGGGGGCCGAGGCAAGCUGCCUGCGCACGCAGCUGGAAGAGGCCACCAAGGCCGUGCACAAGGCCGAGCUGGAGGCGCUGCAGACGCAGGCGGCAAACGCCAGCCUUGCGCGGCUGCUGGAGCAGAUCAAGACCAGCCGGGAGAUCUCCGACUCGGAGUGCGUGCAACUCCUGCACGAGAAGGAGACGCUGAGCCUGGCCGAGCGGCGGCUGGCGGCCGAGAAGAAGGAGCUCCUCGGUGAGAAGGACCUCCUGGCCCAGAAGCUCGGCCGCUGCUCUGAGGAGGCGGCUCGCGUGGAGUCGUCCCUGCGCGAGCAGCUGAACAGCCUGAGCUCCGAGAAGGAGCUGCUGGGCCAGAAGGCCACCAAGCUCCAGCGGCAGCUGGACUGGCUGCUGAAAGACCAGGCGCUGCUGGAGGCGCAGCAGACCGAGCUGCUGGCCGAGCGGGAAGCGUCCCUGCAGGCCCUGGGCGAGCUGCAGCAGAAGCACGAGGAGGAGGCCGCCAAGCACCGGGUGGCCGUCCAAGAGAAGAUGAAGCUGCUCGGCGAGCUAGACGUGCUGCAGCGGGAGCUCCAGGAGCAGCGCCAGGAGAACCAGGGGCUAGCGGCCAGCCAGGGCGCCCUCGAGGCGGCGCUGCAGGAGGCCCAGGACGCGGCCCGCAGCCUGGAGAAGACACACGCCAGCGUGCUGCAGGCCAAGGAGGCACUCGACGCCGAGCGGCAGGAGGAGUGCCGGCGGCUGGCAGAGGACAGGCUCGCGGCACAGCAGGCCCUGGCGCAGGAGCGGGAGGCCCGCGCCCAGGAGACCCAGACGGCCGCCCACGAGGCCAGCCAGCUGCGGGGCCGCCUGGGGCUGCUGGAGCAGGAGGUGGAGGAGCUGCGGGCGUGCGCGCAGGGGCUGCAGGCCGAGCGCCUGGACCUGCUGGAGGAAAAGGCGCGGUCAGACCAGAAGGUGGCCGAGAUCCUGCGGGAGAAGGAGCUGCUGAGCGUCGACGCCGCCCGGUUGGCUGCCAACAUCGAGGCCCUCAAGGGCGACUUCGCGGCCCUGUCCAAGUCCAAGCUGGAGCUGCAGGGCCUGCACAGCUGCCUCGCCGAGAUCCUGGCCGACCUGCAGCGCAAGCAUGAGGCGGCCCUGGCCGAGCGGGCCCAGGCCGGGCAAGAGAACGAGAGCCUGCUGGCCGAGAAGAGGGAGCUGCAGCAAGAGAGGUCCGAGCUCCUACAAGAGAAGGAGCAGCUGGCCGGCAGUUACUUCCUCCUCCAGAAGGAGGUCAGUCAGCUGGCCCAGACCAGCAGCCACGUCUCGGCCAACCUCCUGGAGGCCCAGAAGGAGAACCGUGUGCUGAGGAAGGACAAGAGCAAGCUCGCGUUUAAGAUCAGAGAGCUCGAGACGCUGCAGUCAUUCACGGCUGUGCAGACGGCAGAAGAUAACAGGCAGUUCAUGGAGCAAAUGACCAAAGAGAAGACAGAGACCCUGGCCUCCCUGGAGGACACCAGGAACACCAAUGCCAAGUUGCAGAGUGAGUUGGAUACCCUUAAGGAAAACAACUUGAAGAAUGUGGAAGAGCUGAACAAAUCGAAAGAGCUUCUGACUAUAGAGAAUCAAAAGAUGGAAGAAUUCAAGAAAGAAAUAGAAAUCCUGAGGCAGGCGGCCGCCCAGAACUCACAGCAGCUCUCAGCCCUGCAGGAGGAGAACGUGAAACUUGCCGAGGAGCUGGGCCGCAGCCGGGACCAGGUCACGAGCCAACAGAAGCUGGAGGAAGAGAGAUCUGUGCUUAAUAAUCAGUUGUUAGAAAUGAAAAAGAGAGAAUCCGAGUUAAUAAGAGACUCCGAUGAAGAGAAAGCUUCCCUGCAGAAAUCCAUCAGUAUUACCAGUGCCUUGCUCACGGAGAAGGACGCAGAGCUGGAGAAGCUGAGAAAUGAGGUCUCUGUGCUGAGGGGAGAAAAUGCCUCUGCCAAGUCCUUGCAUUCAGUUGUUCAAUCCCUGGAAUCCGACAAGGUGAAGCUCGAGCUCAAGGUCAAAAACUUGGAGCUUCAACUCAAAGAGAACAAAAGGCAACUCCAGAGCUCGGCAGGUAAUUCUGAUUCUCAAGCAGAUGAGGAUGAAAGGGCCCAGGAGAAUCAGAUUGAUUUCCUGAAUUCCGUGAUUGUGGACCUCCAAAGAAAGAAUCAGGACCUCAAGAUGAAAGUGGAGAUGAUGUCCGAGGCGGCUCUCAACGGGAAUGGGGAUGACCUCAACAAUUACGAUAGUGACGACCAGGAGAAGCUGGCCAAGAAGAAGCCUCGCCUCUUUUGUGACAUCUGCGACUGCUUUGACCUCCAUGACACAGAGGACUGCCCCACGCAGACACAAGUGUCCGAGGACCCCCCACACUCCACACACCACGGCAACCGGGGCGAGGAGCGGCCGUACUGUGACAUCUGUGAGGUGUUCGGACACUGGCCCAGUAACUGCAACGACGACGAGACCUUCUGAGUCCCCCACCCCACCCCGGCUACUCUCCACAGAGCACAGCCACCAGCAUCCGUGCAGACUGCAGGAAAACCUACUUUAUUUUUCAACCCCGUCAACAAAUCUAAGAACUAUUUUGGUCUUCAACAAAUCAUCCUUCUAGUUUUCCUCACAGGUUAGAAGAAUAAAUACCAAGUAGGUGAACUGACACCUCGAAUAUUAUCUUCCCUGUGUUUUAUCAGUUUUCAUAAGACAUUUGCACCCAGAGGAUGUUACUCUGGUUUGUGCCUAAGGGAACCUCAUGGAACAACCCUUCCCCUUCCAGUACCUUAUUUAAAUAACUUUAAAUUAUGCCGUUCCUUUUCCUAUUUGCACUAAAAUGUUUCCAGGCUGCAUUUGUAUAUUGAGAUGUUUGGGUUAAGCUUUGACACUGGAAUGAGUUAGGGAACAAUUGUGCCAUUUCGCAUUUUUAUCCACUCAUUUAAAGUAUUUUAUUCUAUAUCAAAAAAUACCUGAGCUUUUAGCACUACCGUUGUCAGUAGUGCCUUUAUUUCAGGCUUGAUCCACUUCAGUGCGACUCUGAUUGAAAUGAAGCCGGACAGGGUUCGGGGCAGGGGACCCUGCUGUGCUCGAACUUUUUCUAAUCUUGCUGUUGCACCCACUGGACCCUACUGUGGGUGCUGACUGACUGGGUUUUGAAUAGUUUUAGCUUUCUAUAGUAUAUAUUUUUAAUCUAUAUUUUGAAAAACAAACCCAGGAUGUAUCUUUCUGUUGACAUUUUUACCUUUAUGAAAAAGGAAGCACUUCAACUCUCCAUCAGGACAUAAAGGAUGAAGCCAGAAAUUAAAGUAUCACAAGGCUAUGAAACUAGUUUGAUUCAGUUGGGUUUUUUUCUUUAUCAAAUACAAAUAACAGCAUAUUCUCCAAAAUUUUUUUCUUAUCUACCAGAAAUCUCCAACACUUGAUGGAUUAGAUAACCAGCUACUUGUGAAACACCUAAAACAACCAAUUUACUGUCUUUACAAGGUUUACUUUUUUUCACUGUGGUUUUAGAUGAAUGUAUGAUGAGAAAUUCAACAUUAAUAAUUUUGGAUUUUCUUAUCACAAAAAAAUUAAAUGAAGGACCUCAACCAUCAGAAGUUUAUCAUCCAGUUUGAAUCUAUUUAUCUUCAUUUGAAUGUUUUCUAGUUCUGUAAAAAGUGAUAAAUAAUGUACCAUGCAGGCUACAUGUAUAAUAAGGACUUCUAUAAUUGUAUAUAUGCUUUUGAUGUAUUUUCUUCUGGGGAUUAUCAACUGUCUCAUGAGUGAAAGAUCUGUAUCAAUUGAAAUUUUUAGUAAUAAACAUUAUUGAAAUUGUUUCACAAACUAUGUAAAGCAGUAUUAAAAUUUGAGCAAACAAGUGUUCUAUAUCUACUUUAAUAAAAUUAUUUCCUUUUUGCCAGUGAUAA